ACCUGACAGUGACCUCUGCAGCCUCUGGGCCCAGACAUUAAACUCUCUGGUUGAGGAAUAGCCAGGGCCAGCAGAUGCAUUCAUUGAUUGGGGCUGAAAGAGUUGGUUGGCUGAGGGUUCAAAUUCACGACGGACCAGGUCUAAGACGUUUAUAAAACUGCCUCCAGGUCUGCAUACUUUCCCCCCAGGAGACGGCGUCCUCAAACGGCCCUGGGGCGUCCUCAGGGCCCAGCCGGGCUCCCAGAGCUUAGCCGUCGCCGAGGCAACCGGUCACGGCCUCCUGCUGGUCUGGAAAAGGUUUGCCAGGCCGCUGAGUCACCACCUGGCAGCCGAGCACAACCUGAGAUUAAAACACACACACAUACUGAGAUCAAGCAAAAGACUUUGCUGGAUGAACUCAGACGAGGUUUACCAGUGAGACAGCGACAGUCAGCAGGAUGGCGUCAUGUUGUGUGGGUGAUGCAGAGUCCAGUCCUGCAGAUACAGCUGGAGACAGCUCUUGGCGAGUAAAGGAAGAAGUUUGAUGCUGAACUCACAACGUUUCCUCUAAAGUGACAAAUGACGCGAGAGGGAACGAGAAGAAGAGGCAGAAGUAACGGCGGGCUCUCCAUCAUCUCUUUUUCACCCUCUUCUCACUUGGCACCUUCUCUGAGCGCUCGGGCUUCCAGCCAGCAAGAGAUGAAAAGCUGCCAAUGAACGAACGCUACAGUAAGAACCGGCCAUGGCUGCCCAUCGAAUCAUCAGAGUAACAAACAACAACCACAUCCUCCCUCGCUGCAAGUCUGAGGGGACGCUCAUCGACCUCAGUGAAGGGGUCACCGGGGCCAGUCUCAACGAUGUCAAAGUGCCUUCUCCCAGUGCCUUAAGGCUGGACACUUCCUCCUCCUAUGGAGCUGCACAGGAAGUGGUUGCCAUAAAGGAUUAUUGCCCCAGCAGCUUCACCACGCUGAAAUUCUCCAAAGGUGAUCGCCUCUAUGUGCUGGACACGUCAGGUGGAGAGUGGUGGUACGCCCACAACAACACGGAAAUGGGCUACAUCCCAGCCGCCUACGUCCAACCGGUCAACUUCAGGAACUCUUCGCUUAGCGACAGUGGGAUGAUCGACAGCCUCGGGGAGGGAUAUGAGGACGGGUCAAAGGAGUUUGGAGGUUUGGGGGAGUGGACAGGGAUGGCCCUGAAGCCCUCCCCGAUUUACAACAACAGCUCCUUCUCUGUGAACCCCUUUAUCUGUCCAUUAGAUCAAAACUGCAAAGAUAUAGGCGUAAGGAACUCAGCAGACCUUAUUCUGUUUGACGCUCUGGCAUCUCCAUCAUCUUGCUCCAACUUUAACACGAGCACAGUCAUGACCAAUGGGUUCAGCAGUUGCCAUAUUAACUCUACCACCCCCACCAGCCCAAACCAAGAGGUUCUACCCAACCUCCACAGGGAUAAUCCAUUUUUCAGGAGUAAACGUUCCCAUAGUCUGUCAGAACUGUCGGUUCUGCAGGCACAAUCGAAUCCCACCUUACCUUCUUCUGGAUUCUUCACGGGCCUUAAGGCUCCUUCACCGGAGCAGUUUCAGAGCAGGGAGGACUUUAGGACUGCUUGGUUGAACCACAGAAAGCUAGCCAGGUCUUGCCACGACCUCGACUCUUUGGGUCAGAGUCCUGGGUGGGGCCAGACACAGCCGGUGGAGACCAACAUAGUGUGCAGGUUGGACAGCAAUGGAGGGGUUGUUCAGCUUCCAGACACCCAUAUCAGUGUACACAUCCCUGAGGGCCACGUUAGCCAUGGAGACCACCAGCAGAUCUCCAUGAAAGCCUUACUGGACCCUCCACUGGAACUCAACACUGACCACUGCUCCACCGUGAGCCCCGUGGUGGAGAUAAAGCUCAGUAACAUGGAGACCAAGUCCUUCAUCACACUGGAGAUGAAGGUAUCAGUAAGUGUGAAGAAGGAGAGCUGUCACACUGCAGAAGUGCUUUGUGUUCGCAGUGAUUGCAAAGACGGGCCUUACAUACCAAUCCCUAAUGCUUACAUUUACAAGGAUACAGUCCAGGUGCAGCUGGAUAGUCUAGAGCCCUGCAUGUAUUUGGCUGUUGUGGUUCAGUCGCAGUACAUCAGCCACAAUACGACUGUUUGGGACCACGUGCAAAGAAAAGUAACUCUGGGCGUCUAUGGACCCAAGCACAUCCACCCUUCAUUCAAGACAGUUGUGGCCAUGUUUGGGCACGACUGCGCCCCCAAGACUUUGUUGGUAAGCGAGGUGGGUCGGCAGGCUACCUCAACUCCACCAGUGGCCCUCCAGCUGUGGGGGAAGCACCAGUUUGUGCUUGGAUUCCCUCAGGACCUCCAGGUGGGAUUGUACUCCAACAUGUCCAACUACCAGGUGAAGACGAGCGAGGGCGCUGGGAUGAUUCGGGGUUUUCAGGUCAAACUGGGGAAGGUCAGCCGGCUCCUGUACAUGAUAACAUCACACAACCCAAACAGCAUCUCAGACUUCACUCUCAGGGUCCAAGUCAAGGACGCCCUGGACUGUAUCCUCACCCAGUUCUGUGUCCAAACUCCACAGCCACCGCCGAAGACCGGAGCGAGGAUAACAGGUCAGAGACGGUUCUUGAAGAAGAAAGAGGUGGAUAAGAUUGUCCUCUCACCGCUAGCUGUAACCUCCAAAUAUCCAAAGUUUCAAGACCGGUGUAUUACCAAUCUAAAAUUUGGCAAAUUGAUCAAAACCGUGGUCAGGCAGCACAAAAGCACUUAUUUGUUGGAGUACAAGAAGGGGGAUGUUAUUGCUUUGCUCAGCGAGGAGAAAAUCAAACUGCGAGGGCAGCUGCGGACCAAAGAGUGGUACAUUGGAUACUAUCAGGGGAAGAUGGGGCUUGUCCAUGCCAAGAACGUUUUGGUUCUGGGUAAAGUCAAGCCCAUUUAUUGGUGUGGGCCAGAUCUAACGACGACCAUGCUGCUGGAGCAGAUCCUGAAGCCUUGCAAAUUUCUUACGUACAUCUACGCGACAGUGAGGACGGUUUUAAUGGAGAACGUGGGAAGCUGGAGGGCGUUUGCAGAUGCCCUCGGGUACGGGAAUUUGUCGUUGAAUUAUUUUUGCCGGACAGAGCUGGACAAUGAGCCGGAAAGGGUGGCAUCGGUCCUGGAGAAACUCAAAGAGGAGUGUACCAACAUGGAGAACAAGGAGAGGAAGUCCUUCCAGAGGGAACUCAUGAUGGCGUUGCUGAAGAUGGACUGCCAGGGUCUUGUUGCCAGGUUGGUCCUGGACUUCGUCUUGUUGACGACGGCGGUGGAGGUGGCGUCCAGGUGGAGGGAGCUGGCUGAGAAACUGGCCCGAGUGUCCAGGCAGCAGAUGGAGGCUUACGAGGCUCCGCACCGCGACAAGAAUGGACUCCUGGACAACGAGUCCAUGUGGAAGCCAGCCUACGACUUCCUCCUGACGUGGGCUGCACACGUCGGGGACAGCUACCGAGACGUGAUCCAGGAGCUCCACCUCGGCCUGGACAAGAUGAGGAACCCCAUCACCAAGAGGUGGAAGCACCUGACCGGCACGCUCAUCCUCGUCAACUGCCUCGACACCCUGCGCAGCUCCGCCUUCUGCCCCACCGGGUACGGAGACUUUGCCGUCUGAACAUUUCCUCCCUGGACUUUACUCUUGUUUCUGAGAUUCAUAUAUCGGUCACGGACAAGUCUAAGUCACUGAGGACUGUGUGUUUGGGAUGGACGACAGAGAUUAAACCGUAAACCUCCAGGCUCACCAUUGAUUCUGGCUUUGGAAAAGUCAACAUGAAACUGGAUCUGCCUCUGUCUGUUUUUAUGCCUCUUGUUAAGUUUGUCUUUUCCUUGAUCUCUCCUCCAUCUCUUUUCUACCUCGCCCUUUUUCUCUCUCACCUCUCGUUAUGUCUUACGUACCUUUUGGUAUCGUACGCUAUUUCAUUUUCCCUCUUUUCUGUCUCAUUCUUUCCAUUAAUGAAUUGAUUAAUUCAUUAGUUAUUUUGUUAAUUAUCAGUUUGUAUGAUUCGCUCUUUCACCUCGGCCCUCAGGACAUCAGAGACCUCGACCACUGCAGUGCAUAACCAGACAAACUGUGAGCUUUCUCCAUCUUUGACUCCCGUACCGACUGAAUCUGAAUCUACUGAUCUCUGUUUGCAAAUCCAACUUUAAUCACAGUUUUUCCUCCUUUUCUCACUGGCAGUUUUUUUAAACAAAAGAAGGCAAAGCAGAUGGUCUUCAAAAAUCAUGAGUGACACAGAAACUAAGAACUUUUUUUGCUUGCCAAAAACAGUUAGCCCGAUGCUAACUUUACAACUUUGCAGUAAAGGUACUGUAUAUCUGCUGAUGCAAGAUAUACUUCUAUUUUUUAUACCUGCAGAACAGUACAGAUAAUGUGUUAUUAUUGUGUUUGGGUUUGAUUUCUUUCUCUGGUUUUAACUUUAAAACUGUUCCUCACUGAUUGUUUUUUUUUGAGAUUAUGUGAUGAAGAUAGAACUCUGAUGUAUUUCAGAAUAAUGAAUAUGCUAAAAGAUUACUGUGAUAACCAGAUACAUUUAUCCUUUCCAACUAGAACCUUCAACAAAAGGUGCCGUUAUGUUGCAGAACACAUCUACUUAUUUUAGUGUUUGAUUUUACCAGAUGAAUCUGAGGUGUUCAGUUUCACAGCUGUGAACCUGUGAACCACGUUUUAGUUCUCGGUUAAAUCAUAAAUGAUUUUUUAAAAACUGUGAAAACAACACUAUGAGAAAUGAUGUAGGUUUUGUUGAAUUUGUAUUUAAAGAAGCCUUUUGUCUUUGAUUAUAAUCGAUCAGCUUCGAUGCUUCUGUCGUUUCUUUGUUUGUUUUUUUCUGUCUUUCUUUCAGUGUUUUUCUUUUCUGUUUUGUGACUGCUGCAGUGUCCCUGCGUCUGUUUAGAAUAUGAAUCUGAUCCGAACAGAAAACGUGUGCAGAGUUUAUAUAUUUGUACCGAACACCGACUGAGUAUUGAAACAUUCUUAAGUGAUGUUUUAUGAGCUGUGACAGGUUCUGUUCAGAGGGUAUCAAUAAAACUGAAAAUUCAAAA